AUGUGUGCUUAUAUGGUGGAUUAAUUUGGUAAUGAAGAAUAAAAAUAAACAUGGAUACCUAGAUUUGGAAAAUUUGAUGCAUUUGCAUCAUAUUGCUUAACAGAACCAAAUAGUGGUAAUGAUAGUAAGAAUAUGAAGAAAAAAAAGUAUAAUAUAAUUAAUAAUUUAGGAUGGAAAUGAUUAUGUAAUAAAUGGAUCUCAAUUUUUUAUUUCUGGAGAUUUAGUUAGUGAUGUUUAUUUAUUAUUCAAAUUAAUAAAAAUAAACAUUAGAGAAUAGUUCAUUUAGAACGUAAUUAUUGUAUUGUAAUUAAAAUAAAUUUAUUUCAGAACUUGUCUCUUUAAUUUGUUUAAGUUAAUCCUUAAAUUAAAAUUUAAAUAAUCUCAUUGAUUAAGAUUUAUAAAAAAUUAUAUAUUAGAUACUAUAGUUAGUCAGAAUUGCAAAUCUAAUUUUAUCUCCUUUUAAUAAAAGUAAUAAAAUAUAACAUAUAUUAUUAGGUAAGUAAUAAAAUUCUACUUAUUUUUUACCAUAGCAAGGUUAUUUAAUUAGAAUUGUAAAAAAAAAUAAAAGAUCUGAAUCUUGGAAUCAUGAGAUUUUUAGAUCUAAGGAUUAAUCCAUUCACAAUGAGGUUUCUAAUCAAUCUUCUUUUAACUCAUCUUCAGAUUGCAAUAGCAAGUUCUUUCUGAUUAAAUUAACAAUGGAAGAUAUACGCAAUAUAAGAAAGAUUAACCAUUUCAAAAAAGAAGUAAUUUUCAACUAUUUUAAAGACUUUGAGGUUGUAUAUACAGGAUCUUUCUAAGUAGAAUAUAGAACUGCGUUAACUUUAUUAAAUCUAAAUUUGA